AGCGGCGAUUCAACAAAUCCGUCGGAGAACAAACGGCACUCGAGUCAUUCAUUGGCUUUCCUCCGUUUUGUUUUACAGGGUGAACCGACUGUACCAUGUUUGCCCGGUCCUUUGCAUAUAAAGGGCUCGCGCAGCCUUGCUUAAGGUCACCCAUACCUUCGGAGGGUUUGUCGAGCCCUGCAUGGAGAUAUUUUUCGUCCAGCAUUGCUCGAACAAAGGCCGCCGGCAAGGUUAAGCAGGCGCAAAAGCAGAUUUCACGCCAAACUCCUCCCAAGGCCUCGCAAUCUCCUGCACCACCUAAAGCAGAAGAGACGCUGAAGUUUGCUGGAAGACGACCGGAUGGCUUUGGAAAGCUUGAACGGAAGGUGGCCAAGGAAGGCGAGCUACUACUAUUUAAAGCCCCCUCGCAACGCAGCUACAUACUUGGUGCCUACGGCAUUACUGCAUUCUGUUUCGCCUACUCCGUGUACAACUCCAAUGCCGUCUUUCGCGAUCCGAUCAUGCCGCUUCCUAUGUGGCAGCAGGGUCUAUUUGGCGGUAUAUGCGUCAUGAUGAGCGUCAUGGGCACUGUAUUCCUUUUCAAGACCGGGAAACUGAUAAAGUCCGUCAAGGCCGUGAACACCAAUGAUCAGACAUACCUGCGUUUCACAGUCCGCCGCAUGAUUCCCUUCCAGAAGCCAAUGCAGUUUGACGUGCUGCCUCGUCAGAUUGCGUUCUCUCGACGUCUCGUCGUCUCGCCAGAUGCACUCCAAAAUGGCAUGCAACAAAUGGCCCAAACGGAGCCUGCUCCCGUCAGCUUUUUCAGAGCCCCUCUCAAGAAGUCAAGUAUGCUCAUGUGGAGAGUUUUUCGGUCCCUCCGACAGCUGUUCACAUCGGAAGACUUUAUUCUUCUCGAGGUUGAAGGCCAGAAGGGCGUUUUCCGAAUGGACUCUGGGGGCUACGUAUCGCGGGACUUUUUGGUAGUCGGAAAUCCCGUCUCCAUGAAGCGGUAGCGAUUGCCGCAGCUUAACUUGGAUAUGUACACUUAUCGCGCUCUUUUCAUUGCAUUGUAAUAACUACUUCAUUCCCGGUGCCCAAAUCUCAAGAAAUAUGCACCACCUGCUGCAAUUUAGCUAUCUUUCAUGCCCAUCUUCCUGUACAUAUAUAGAGCUCAACCCUUGUGUUUUAUCAUAGUUCUCUUACAUCUCUAGAAAGUAUUUCAAGCGUCAUUCCAGCCUC